AUGGCAAGGGGAGAAAUGGUCAGGAAGGUGGCGUUGAUGGUGGUGGUGGUCUUCUACUGCCUGGUGGUGCAGCCACCACGAGCGGUGGAAGGCCAGCUAAGCUGUCCACUGGUGGUAACCAGCCUCCUACCUUGUGCCACCUACCUGACAAGUGGAGGUCCAGUAUCCCGCCACUGUUGUAGCGGUGUUAGGUCACUACAAAGUGCCGCCACAACCACCGAUGACCGCCAGACGGCUUGCCAAUGCAUGGAAGAAGCCGCUGCAAUGCUCCCGGGAAUCAACAUUUAUAAUGCUCGAAGCCUUCCUGCCAAAUGUGAUGUGGAUGUAUCCUAUGAUAUCAACCCAGACACCGAUUGUUCAAAGUAUAUUAUACAUAUCUUCUUUUAAACAUGGAUUAUUCAUAGAUUAAUUGCACAUUUAUUGUUAAGUAACUUUAUAUUUGGAUGUAUAUGAAGGGUGCA